AUGGUUGAUGGUUGUAACAAAUGUGGGAAGCCUAACUUAACUUUGGAUCUGUAUGAUGAACUUCUAUUAAGAGGAUUGAAACCAACUGUUAGGACCUAUAAUGCAGUGAUACGUGUUUAUUGCCAAGAAGGGUUAUUGGGUAAAGGUACAGAAUUGCUUCGUAAGAUGGAAGUGAAUGGUUGUUUGCCAGAUAGCUUCACAUACAAUGUAAUUGUUCGAGAGUUACUGAAGAAAAACGAGCCUGGAGAGGCUGAGAUCCUUCUUGAAGAAAUGAUAAACCGAGGUUUUAUGCCUGAUCAUGCUACUUUUGAGAAUUUACUAGUCCGGAUCCCAAACGUAGGAAAAGAUUCUCGUUUGCGAACAAUUGUUCUAAAGCUAACAAGUGUAGAAAGAAAAGAUGGGGGAAUGCCGAAUAUAACAUCUUCGUGUUAA